CGAAAUUCUUGUUGGGCCUUGCUUCAAAUUAAUAAUCUGUCUCUCAUUCUUGCAAUUCUCUUUCCCUCUCUUCAAUUCAUACUCCCCAAUCACCUUAAUCUUAAUCUCAAGCUAUUGAUUGAAGAUGGCAGAAGGUGAGGAUAUUCAGCCACUUGUGUGUGAUAAUGGGACUGGAAUGGUCAAGGCGGGAUUUGCUGGAGAUGAUGCUCCAAGGGCUGUGUUUCCGAGUAUUGUUGGGCGCCCUCGUCACACAGGUGUGAUGGUUGGUAUGGGGCAGAAAGAUGCGUAUGUUGGGGAUGAAGCGCAAUCCAAGCGUGGUAUCCUAUCUCUCAAAUAUCCAAUUGAGCAUGGUAUUGUGAACAAUUGGGAUGACAUGGAGAAGAUCUGGCAUCACACCUUUUAUAACGAGCUCCGUGUGGCUCCAGAAGAGCACCCGAUUCUGCUAACUGAAGCGCCCCUUAACCCUAAGGCUAACCGUGAGAAGAUGACCCAAAUCAUGUUUGAGACGUUCAAUGCCCCUGCAAUGUAUGUCGCCAUCCAAGCUGUUCUUUCUCUUUAUGCCAGUGGUCGUACAACUGGUAUUGUCUUGGACUCUGGAGAUGGUGUGAGUCACACCGUCCCCAUCUAUGAAGGAUACGCUCUGCCACAUGCUAUCCUUCGUAUUGAUUUAGCUGGUCGGGACCUCACAGAUUACCUCAUGAAAAUCUUAACCGAGCGUGGCUACUCAUUCACCACCUCAGCAGAGCGAGAAAUCGUGAGGGACAUGAAGGAGAAGCUCUCGUACAUUGCCCUCGACUAUGAACAGGAAUUGGAGGGAUCCAAGACCAGUUCUUCAGUUGAGAAGCCCUAUGAGCUACCUGAUGGGCAAGUGCUGACUAUAGGCUCAGAGCGUUUCCGCUGCCCCGAAGUCCUUUUCCAGCCUUCAAUGAUCGGAAUGGAAGCUGCUGGCAUUCACGAGACUACAUACAACUCGAUCAUGAAGUGCGACGUGGACAUCAGGAAGGAUCUGUAUGGAAACAUUGUCCUCAGUGGCGGCACCACCAUGUUCACGGGAAUUGCUGACAGGAUGAGCAAGGAACUCACUGCACUGGCGCCGAGCAGCAUGAAGAUCAAGGUUGUCGCCCCGCCUGAGAGGAAGUACAGCGUCUGGAUUGGAGGCUCCAUUUUAGCGUCCCUGAGUACUUUCCAGCAGAUGUGGAUUGCAAAGGCAGAGUAUGAUGAGUCUGGUCCCUCCAUUGUGCACAGAAAAUGCUUCUAAUUCUUCUUCAGAACUUGAGUUCCAACAAUAGCUACAAAUUUAUUUAUUUAUUUAUUGGGAAUGUUUUUUUUUUUCUAUUUCUUUCUCCAUAUCAAAUUUAGAAUAGAAGGUAAUUUUUGUUUUUUACUUUCAAACUUUUGGAAGGUAGUUUUUCUUCAGGACAUUUUCUUCCUGUUCUCCAUUUCAGUUGUAGAAUGGAAUAAAUUCAAGUUUUCUUGAAUAAGGGAAUAAAUUCAAGUUUUCUUUUCUUCAA